AUGGCGCCUAAUAUGGACACACUUAAUAUGAAACACCACAAUAUUUCGGAAAAUAAACAGUUUCAUGAGUCAAUUACCAUAAGAAAUAUUUCAUUAUCGAUAGUGCAGCCAUCUAGGAAUGUUGGCUACCAACGUCCGCCGCAGCGGCGACAGAGUCAACAUCCGGCGACGCAGAGAUGCGCACGUUUCGGCGCUCGCCGAGGGAAAAGGGACGCCGCGAUCGUGACUUUGGGACAUGAGAGCGACGAUGAAGCCCGCCAGCCUGCAGAGCAGCACCUGAGAAGCACACUUGCGUCUAGGAGUACGCACAAACCGGAACGGCUGGUUUACGCAGAAUUUACAUAGGAUCAAUCUUCGAUUAUAAAGUUGAUCCUGAAACGAUUGGGAAGCUACCCUUUCUAUCAACGAGGUGAAAGAAAUAUUCAUUUAGUGAUCCUUAUUGGGAAUAUACAACUGUUAUUUGAAGAAGCACUUGUGCACCACCAUAAGAAGAUCUCGACGUCCGUAGCUUGGGGCACAAAGUAUAUUCAAUGUUUUCUAUUAGCCAUGUCAUCGGGUGCAGGUUCAAGUGGAACUGGUAGAGGGCGUGGUUCAUCACUAGCGGACAAUAAACCAGAAAGUAAGGAAGCAAAACCAAAUCCAAAGAUGUCGAAAGCUUUAGGAACAUCUGCCAAAAGGAUACAGAAAGAGUUGGCGGAAAUUACAUUAGACCCACCUCCAAAUUGCAGUGCAGGACCUAAAGGAGAUAAUUUAUAUGAAUGGGUGUCAACUAUACUUGGGCCUCCUGGUUCAGUUUACGAAGGAGGAGUAUUCUUCUUGGACAUACAUUUUUCCCCGGAAUAUCCUUUCAAACCACCAAAGGUCACAUUCCGAACGCGUAUCUAUCAUUGUAAUAUAAACAGUCAAGGCGUCAUUUGUUUGGACAUACUAAAAGACAAUUGGUCGCCUGCACUCACUAUUUCUAAGGUUUUACUGUCCAUUUGUUCACUUCUAACAGACUGCAACCCAGUAUUUAAAAGGGUACGUCAAUUGACAGUACCAAAUAAUACUGAUAGUUUAGGCAAUAUUAUGAACAAUAUGAGUAAUCCGAAUUUACAUUUACUAAGUAGUAAUGAUAAUGACAUUGCAUUACUUUUUACUGGUCUACUACAAAUUUAG